CGAGGACUACGGUGUGUAUAUUAAUUACUCCAUCCUCCCCCACCAUUGCCCUUUCUUCUCCCAUUACUCCACCAUUAUUCUCUGCAAAUCUUGUACCCUUCUAUUUCUAGCUAAGCUAAGCUAACGAAACGAGUUGAAACUUCCAAAAGAAAUUACAAGAAGUAGCUGCAAAAAAAAAACCCCUCAUGGAUCUUCACCACAUUAGCUCCUUAGCUCUUAUCCUUUACCUCAUUGUCUUAACUGUGAACUCGAAAGGUGUAUUAGGUGCUUCUUUCACAUUUGUCAACCGGUGUGGCUACACCGUGUGGCCCGGGAUAUUAGCAAAUGCCGGCAAUCCUGCACUCGACAGCACCGGAUUCGAGCUACAGAAAGACUCCUCUCGUUCUUUUCAGGCCCCAACGGGCUGGUCGGGUCGUUUCUGGGGUCGAACGGGCUGUAAAUUCGACGGAUCCGGUUCCGGAACCUGCGUGACCGGCGACUGCGGGUCGGGUCAGAUGGAAUGCAGCGGACUCGGAGCUGCUCCGCCAGUAACUCUGGCCGAGUUCACUCUUGGGACAGGAGGGCAAGAUUUUUACGACGUUAGCCUCGUUGAUGGCUACAAUAUCCCCAUGAUCGUGGAAGGUACCGGCGGGUCGGGUCUUUGUGCUUCCACCGGGUGUUCAACUGAUUUAAACCGGCAAUGCCCGUCGGAGCUCCGUGUCGGGGACGGUGACGCUUGCAAGAGCGCGUGCGAGGCAUUCGGGAGUUCCGAGUAUUGUUGCAGCGGCGCGUAUGCCACACCCGCGACAUGUAAGCCUUCGGUUUAUUCCGAGAUGUUCAAGGCCGCUUGUCCCAGAUCUUACAGCUAUGCAUAUGAUGAUGCUACGAGCACAUUCACGUGUACCGGAGCAGAUUAUACGGUCACCUUUUGCCCCUCUUCUCCGAGUCAGAAAUCUUCGAGAGAUGCUACGCCAGCUACGGAUGCUACCCCAAUGACAGGCUCAACAUCACAAGGAUCAGCAACAGAACCAGGGUUAACUUACUCUGGUAAUGGUUAUGGAUACUCGGGUUCAGGGUAUUCGAAUUCAGGUUAUGGAUACCCUGGUUCGGGUUCAAGCUCUGGGUCUGGAUCAGGACAAACCGUGAUGACAGAUGGGUCAUGGUUAGCUGGUUUGGCAAUGGGAGAUUCACCAAGAACAGCUCCCAGUUUUCUGCAAUUUGCAGUCAUGGCAUUGUCAGUCAUGUUUUCAUUUGUUUACCUGUAGUCUUUUCUCCAUUGUGUAUUAUGGGGUUGGCCUUUGUUUGAAAAAGCGGACAGAUUCUUGGUCCAGAUUGUAAACCAUCAACUUCAAUGUUAAAUGCACGUUUUAAAG